CCUUGGGUACCCUGCUUUAUUUUUUGCGAUUGAUUUGAGCGUCGGCGAGUGUGUAUGACAGAAGCAAUAGUGUGUUGUGUGUUGUGUUAUUCUGACAUUCCUUCGUCUCACUCACCCGUAGCAUCGCUUCACUGACGCUCAGCUACUCACUUCUACGCUACUCUCCUGCGACAUGGAUCUGCAAUCUGCUCUUCCGUGCUCCUCGAUUUUCCACGAACUACAAACUGUUCAUGACACAGGCUUUUUCUACUCGCUUCCAUCGCUUGAAGACGAUUGGGCACAGACAAGACUAGAAAUGGAUCGUUAUCUUUGCCCUGAACCAUCAUCUUUGGAUAGUAAAGACUCCAACUUAGGGAAUCCAGCUCCCUGGAACGAAUUUUUACUUCAACCUUUUGACGAGUCAAAUUUUCCAUUUGGCGACGACUGGGAUAUCAAACCGAUAGAUUUCACUUCAAUAGCUACCUUUCCCUCAGUGCCAACAGUUCUUCCAGAAACUCCAACGGAAACUAAACCAGCUAUGGAGCUCCCAGUAAAACCUCUAAAGAUCAAAUUACCGACCCCGACGGGCUGCGAAGAGAUUAGCAAAAUUCCUAAGCCUGUUUUACCGCUAACUCCACCGAGCUCACCUGAGUCGCCUGUCGUUGUGUUUAAUAGCCCGAACCAGCAGAGAACAGGCAGGCCAAGUGCGCGCUCCCCUCGCGCGAGGGGAGGAAAUGGAGGUGCUAGAGCAAACAGCCCCAAGGACAAAGACUCAGAGAGCAAACGGCGAGUGCAUCGAUGUCAAUUUAGUGGUUGUCGUAAAGUUUACACGAAGAGCUCGCAUCUGAAAGCUCAUCAACGUACUCAUACGGGAGAAAAGCCGUACCGUUGUUCUUGGGAUGGAUGCAACUGGCGUUUCGCUCGCUCGGAUGAGCUUACUCGCCAUUACAGAAAACAUACUGGAGCCAAACCGUUCAAAUGUGUUCAUUGUGAUAGGUGCUUUUCACGAUCAGACCAUCUAGCUCUACACAUGAAGAGACACGCAUAGGAAAGAUAGGUAGAAAAUUAUUCUAGGAAAAAUGAAUUUUGCAAUUUAGAAUUCAUCGCGCUCGGGUCUUCAUUCAAACGAAUUUGAAUUGCCAUCAAUAAUUCAAGAGCAAAACCCCAGGUGUGCGAAGUAGGUACCGCAAGUUGGUACGAGAUAUUCACGGAAACAUGUGAAUUCUUUACAAGUCUUACGCAAAGAAGCGAUAGUAAAGCGAGUUGGGAUAAAUGUGACAGUGAAAGUUAUCCAGAGGAGUAGUAUUAUGGAAUAAGUUUACUCAUUUGGGCGCCAAAAGAAGCUGAUAGAACAUGUAUUAGCAUAAAAUCCUGCGGAAAUGAAGCAGUGAAUAGAGGCAACUCCGAUGGGAAUAUUAUUCAAUUCAGGGACAGACCAUGUAUUAUUCUCAAAAUGAAAUUCAACACAGGAACUUCACAAAAUACGUCGCUUCAAGAGAAAAUAAAAACACUAGAAAAUAUUCGUUCGCGCAAAAUAAGAAUAAGCCUCGGGGUAUGUAAUACCGAUGUAAACAAAAUUAGUCAUUCGUUCAUGUUGUACUAUGCAGGCUUAAUUCAAGUUAAAAACAUCAAAAGAAAAGGAAAAAACUAAUAAGAACUUAAACGGACUAAGUCUAUGAUGUAAAUAUAUAAUUUUGGCAUCUCUGUAUCACGAAGACAGAAGAAAUUAGUGUACAGAUAUAUUAAAAUUGAAAGGAAACGUUCUUGA